GAGCCGCGGCCGCCGGCGCCUGCUCCGUCCCCUCCCACUCGCACGGCCCCUUCGUCCCUCCUCUCCCGGCUGCUCGCAUUUCCUGCCGCUCUGGCUCUCCCGGCCCCUAAAAGUUCUUCCCAACUUUCUCUCCCCCGAGCGGGCGCAGGCAGCGGGCUGGCUGCUGCGCUCCUCCUCGCUCAGCUGCCUGCCCUCCCGGCUUAGGUCCUCGGGGAGCGGCAGACCCCAAGUGGCCGCUGCCGGUCCUUCCCCUCCCACCUCGCCCAGCCUCCUCGCCUCGGCCCCCUCCGGCGGGACAGCCCCUGCUUAGGUGGUUCUUCUUUCUCCUCCUCCGUGCGCCCCUGCGCCGACUCUCGCGCCGGGAUCGCGGAGGAAACCUCCCUCCCCUUUCGCCUCCUCCGGCUUCUUCCCUCGCCCCUCCUCCGCCAGCCACUGGAAUCAAUUCCUUGGGGAAUUGGGGCGCCGCGGCCGCCGCGGAGGGCAGCCUUUCCGCGCGGGACCCCAGGCACCGACGGGGCCAUGUAAGCAGCCAUCCUCCCGAGUGCCACACCGGGCAUGGACACCUUUUUCCGUAUCUGGAGGAGCACGGGUGGUAGUGUCAUCACCCAGUCACGAAACUGCUAAUCUCCGGGCGUGGGCGCCAGGAUAAGAGGGCGGCAUCCGAGGGGCACACAGCCAUGCCUUUCGGCCUGAAGCUCCGCCGGACGCGGCGCUACAAUGUCCUGAGCAAGAACUGCUUUGUCACCCGGAUCCGCCUGUUGGACAGCAAUGUUAUCGAGUGCACACUGUCGGUGGAAAGCACGGGGCAGGAGUGUCUGGAGGCUGUGGCCCAGAGGCUGGAGUUGCGGGAGACGCACUACUUUGGCCUUUGGUUUCUCAGCAAGAGCCAGCAAGCACGAUGGGUGGAGCUGGAGAAACCUCUGAAGAAGCAUCUGGACAAGUUCGCUAAUGAGCCGCUGCUCUUCUUUGGGGUCAUGUUCUAUGUGCCAAAUGUGUCAUGGCUUCAGCAAGAGGCCACAAGAUAUCAGUAUUACCUGCAAGUCAAAAAAGAUGUGCUGGAAGGGCGGUUGCGGUGUACGUUGGAACAGGUGAUUCGGCUGGCCGGCUUAGCUGUACAAGCUGAUUUUGGAGACUAUAAUCAGUUUGAUUCUCAAGAUUUCCUCAGAGAAUAUGUCCUAUUUCCUAUGGAUUUGGCCCUGGAGGAGGCUGUCUUGGAGGAGCUGACACAGAAGGUUGCCCAGGAACACAAAGCCCACAGUGGAAUCCUGCCCGCCGAAGCUGAGCUUAUGUACAUCAACGAAGUGGAACGUUUGGACGGAUUUGGACAGGAAAUAUUUCCUGUAAAGGACAAUCAUGGAAACAGUGUGCACCUGGGCAUUUUCUUCAUGGGGAUUUUCGUGAGCAACAGAAUCGGAAGACAAGCAGUAAUAUACAGGUGGAAUGAUACUGGGAACAUCACUCAUAACAAGUCGACGAUCCUAGUGGAGCUCAUCAAUAAGGAGGAGACUGCCCUCUUCCACACAGAUGAUAUUGAAAACGCCAAAUAUAUUUCACGGUUGUUUGCUACAAGGCACAAGUUUUACAAACAAAACAAAAUCUGCACUGAACAGUCGAAUUCUCCACCCCCUAUCAGACGCCAGCCCACCUGGAGCCGAUCCUCCCUGCCCCGGCAGCAGCCGUACAUCUUGCCUCCCAUGCACGUCCAGUGUGGCGAACACUACUCGGAAACACACACUUCACAAGACAGCAUUUUCCAUGCGAAUGAAGAAGCCUUGUAUUGCAACUCUCACAACAGCCUGGACUUAAAUUAUUUAAAUGGCACUGUCACCAAUGGCAGCGUGUGUAGUGUUCACAGCGUCAACUCCCUCAACUGCUCCCAGAGUUUCAUCCAGGCUUCUCCCGUAUCCUCCAACCUCAGUAUCCCUGGGAGUGACAUCAUGCGGGCUGACUACAUCCCUAGCCACCGGCACAGCGCGAUCAUCGUACCAUCUUACCGACCGACACCUGAUUACGAGACAGUCAUGCGGCAGAUGAAGAGGGGGGUCAUGCACACAGACAGCCAGAGCCAGUCUCUGCGAAACCUCAACAUCAUCAACACCCAUGCCUACAACCAGCCAGAGGAUCUGGUGUACAGCCAGCCCGAGAUGCGGGAGAGGCACCCCUACACUGUCCCUUAUGGGCCACACGGGGGCUACAAUAACAAACUUCUCGGGCCAUCUGACCAGGUAAACCCAAAGAAUAACAUAGUACCAAGCAAGCCGGGGGCAAGUGCCAUCUCGCACACAGUGAGCACCCCGGAGUUGGCCAACAUGCAACUUCAAGGCCCCCAUAACUACAACACGGCCCAUAUGCUCAAAAACUAUCUCUUCAGGCCGCCACCCCCCUACCCACGGCCCCGCCCUGCCACCAGCACCCCAGACCUGGCCAGCCACCGCCACAAGUACGUCAGCGGCAGCAGCCCCGACCUGGUGACCCGCAAAGUGCAGCUCUCGGUGAAGACCUUCCAAGAGGACAGCUCCCCGGUGGUGCAUCAGUCUCUCCAGGAGGUGAGCGAGCCCCUCACAGCCACCAAGCAUCAUGGCACCGUGAACAAGCGCCACAGUCUGGAGGUGAUGAACAGCAUGGUGCGGGGUAUGGAAGCUAUGACACUGAAGUCACUCAACAUCCCCAUGGCUCGCCGAAACACUCUCCGGGAGCAGGGACCCCCGGAAGAGGUGCCAGGGAGCCACGAGGUUCACCCGCUUCCCCAGUAUCACCACAAGAAGACUUUCUCUGAUGCCACGAUGCUGAUCCACAGCAGCGAGAGCGAGGAGGACGAGGAGGAGGCUCCAGAAUCGGUGCCACAGAUCCCCGUGCUCCAUGAGAAGAUGGAGUACAGCGCCCAGCUGCAGGCAGCCUUAGCCCGAAUUCCAAACAAGCCCCCGCCCGAGUACCCCGGACCGAGGAAGAGUGUUAGCAAUGGGGCGCUGAGGCACGACCAGGUUAGCCUUCCUCCUGCCAUGGCCAGAGCCAGGCUGCUGAGGCACGGGCCGGCCAAGGCCGUCAGCGUCUCCCGAGCUGACCAGCUGGCCGUCAACGGGUCCUCUCUUGGUCCAUCCAUCUCUGAACCUGACCUGACAAGCGUGAAGGAGCGAGUCAAAAAAGAGCCUGUGAAGGAGAGACCUGUGUCGGAAAUGUUCUCCCUGGAGGACAGCAUCAUAGAAAGAGAGAUGAUGAUCAGGAAUCUAGAGAAGCAGAAGAUGGCAGGUCUGGAGGCGCAGAAGAGGCCACUGAUGUUGGCGGCACUGAAUGGACUCUCGGUUGCUCGGGUCUCGGGGCGGGAAGAGAGUCGAGUCGAUGCCACCCGAGUUCCCAUGGACGAGAGGUUCAGAACCCUGAAGAAGAAGCUAGAAGAGGGAAUGGUGUUCACAGAAUAUGAGCAAAUUCCAAAGAAAAAGGCGAAUGGCAUUUUCAGCACAGCGGCUCUGCCAGAAAAUGCCGAGCGCAGCCGAAUCCGAGAAGUAGUGCCCUACGAGGAGAACCGAGUGGAGCUGAUACCGACCAAAGAAAAUAACACAGGUUACAUCAAUGCCUCCCAUAUCAAGGUGGUGGUUGGUGGGGCAGAAUGGCACUACAUAGCCACUCAGGGGCCCCUGCCACACACAUGCCACGACUUCUGGCAGAUGGUGUGGGAACAGGGAGCGAAUGUGAUCGCCAUGGUCACCGCAGAAGAGGAAGGUGGACGAACCAAGAGCCACCGAUACUGGCCCAAACUGGGUUCCAAGCACAGCUCAGCCACCUAUGGCAAGUUCAAGGUCACCACAAAGUUCCGGACAGAUUCUGGUUGCUAUGCAACCACCGGCUUGAAGGUCAAGCACCUUUUGUCUGGACAGGAAAGGACCGUGUGGCAUUUGCAAUAUACUGACUGGCCCGAUCAUGGCUGCCCAGAGGAUGUCCAAGGAUUUUUGUCCUACUUGGAGGAGAUCCAGUCGGUCCGUCGCCAUACCAACAGCAUGCUGGAAGGCACCAAGAACCAGCACCCUCCGAUCGUCGUCCACUGCAGUGCCGGGGUGGGAAGGACCGGCGUGGUCAUUCUUUCUGAGCUGAUGAUCUACUGCCUGGAGCACAAUGAAAAAGUGGAAGUGCCCAUGAUGCUGAGGCUCCUCAGGGAGCAAAGGAUGUUCAUGAUCCAGACCAUCGCUCAGUACAAGUUUGUCUACCAAGUUCUCAUCCAGUUCCUCCAAAACUCCAGACUCAUUUAACCCCCUGAUCCAGCUCCUGGAAGAGGAAUCCUGCUCCAUCUUGCAGAUGGGGAGGCACCUCCAGACAACAUCUGCUCCUCCAGUACAGUGCAGAUGGCUGGAGCCGGCAGGCCACAGGCUCCCUGAAGAUGGGAGCCAAGAUCAUUCAAAACUUCAUGUAUUAUUUUAUAUGAGAUAAUUUAUUUUUUUCCCCUUUGGAAUAACUUUUGUGAGUCAUUGUAAUGCAGUUUUCACAAUAAUAUAGUACUUUUCUUUUGAACCACAUUUUGACUGAUCUGCAUUGUAAUAUGUCAGUAGGGAAAGGUUGCCUGGUGGAUCAUUUUGGGGACAGAGGCAUAAGGGAAUGCAUCUCUAGUGAAGGUGUAGCCAUAUUUAUAACCAACUGAAAUUCAUCAGCUUAAUUGCUUGUGCCCAAAUCAAAGAUGGAAAGAAAAUGAAUUUAUCCUAAAAUAUAAAGAUAUCCUAAAAUAUGAAGGGCAAGACCCUUCCCUGAAGGAGAAGACACUAUUCUCUUAUAUUCUGGGGCUCGUGAGGCUUGAUGAACAGUUUCCUCUCUCUUCCUUUCUGUUUUCACCCUCAGUUGUCUCUUUUUUUGCCCCCAAGCUUGAGCGAAAGGUGGGAAAAGCUCCGGGAAAUGCUCCUUUUAUGGUGCAGUAAUUGCCAUCACUCAGGCUGAAUGAGGAGCUCUGUGUUCUGUCUUUCUCCACCACCUUGUGCUGGGCUCUGGAGCCUGGGUCUCCUUGCCGGGAACUGCAGCCUCAGUGUUUGCUGCUUCUCCUCGUUUGCCCAAUGGGCCCCAGUCUGGUGGCCUUUGAGGCCCUGGGCCAGGCCAUCUUUGCAGCUAGGCCUCUUGCCUGAUUGAGAAAAGAUAAUAGAGCAGAGAAAGGAGGCAGGCAGGCUCUUGAUCCUGUUUCUUAUUCACAUAUGAUGUGUGUGCUGGAUGAGGGCCUGAGGUCGAGGUGCUGGGUGCGUUCUGUCUCUGCAUCAGUCAUGAAGUCAUUGGAAGGGUUAUAAAGGAAACCAUUGGGAAGGCUGAUUUAUGGGGGUUCUUUGGCACUCAGGGAGCAGGGGCCUGGCCAGGAGCCACACCAAAUAUGACCCCCACUGUGCUGCUGUCGUCUCCAGGCUUUGGUCUGCGAGAGCAGAACUAAGCCCACUCAGGACCCUGUAGUCCAAAUCUGGGCCCGUAUGAUGGAAGACGGUGGAAUUUGUGCCAAAGUCCUUUGCUGCUUUCCUUUUCUCCAUACGAUCCACUCUCUGGUCAGUGAGGGCAUUAACGCUGCUGAGUUUGAAGCUCGGUUCUUGGUUUGUCUCUUACUGUGCCUUCAUGGGUCACUGUCCUUCUGAAUUUCUGAGGUUGAGGUUAGUACACAAUAAAUCAUCUUCCAUGCAUUUUCCCUCUUGCUGAAUUUUGGGGAAUUUUCCUCUCUACUGUCUAGUUUUUCUUGGAUGCAACUUUUAAAUUGUGGUUUUGGUCUUAGAAUUGACCAUUGAGGUGCUCCAUCCUGCCUUCCUCCACUGCUGCCUUUUUCUUUUUUUUCCCUGAGCUGAAAAUGCAAAGAACAGCAUCAAACAACCAGAAAGAGUGUGCCUUUGUGACUUUGUUACCACAUGCUGGCAGAUGGGUGUGGAAGCAGAUUCCCGAUGAACGACUUCGGGCUCGCCAUCAACUCAGUUUCACCUCCUCCUAGGGGUUGUAAUUCUCUGUAUUUAGACUCCGUGUGUCUGGAGAUGGAGGGCCUCCUUUCUUUUCCUCCAAGGUCUGCAGAAUCAGUCAAGGAGUAUAACUUCAACUGAAGUCUGUAGAUUCGGGGAGCCUGGUGUAUGUUCUAAAAAAGAAAACCGUUAGUAUGACUUGUAUUUUCAGUGGAACAGAGCUCAUAACCUUCACUAUGAGACGCCCAGAAUUUGAUCAGCAACAGGCAAAGAAGUAUUUGUUUCCUUUCCUUAGAGAUUUUCCAUCCUUGGGAUAGUCUGCUGUUUGGGAUGUUUUAACAGUUGGUCUGCAGCAACUGGUUUAUUGUUUGAUGAACAACGUCAGUAUUUCUCUUUCGUCUCUUAGGCCCCAACAUGGGCACUGUUCAAAUUAAGUCUCAUGUGGGCAGCAUGUAGACCUGCUGUCUCUUUGAGCUCAUCGCUCGUGGUCCUCCUUUCAAGCCGUCCACUGUUGCCACUUUAUGCUACAGAAUAUUCAUUAGUGCCCAAAAUGCAGGGAAGAAGUGGGUUUACUAUCCAAUUUCCUAGCCAACGUUUAUAUUGACACCCAAAGGAAAACAUUUAAAAGUUAUUCCACAUAUUUCAUUUUUAAAAACAAAAGCUUUUCGUCCUUUAGCACAUUUUGCAUUCCUUUUCACAUCUCCAGUAAAUGCCAACAUAUCUCCCAUUAAAUUAGCAGCAGCCAUUUAAAGUCCUUUCAGUGGCAUCUGCAUAAUAAUUGCCCAGAGAUGCUUUAUAUCUGGGAAGCCGGCCAAGGAAUAAACCUUGAAGCAAAGUGUAUUAAAUUAGUUAUCUAGUUAGAGCUUUUGGAAUGAGCUCCUGAUGAUGCGUCAAGUCUGAAGCUGGAGCUGUCAGGGUUUGUUGCUGUAGUUUGGGUUUGAAGGGAGAAAAUUAAAAAUGGAGGGCAAAAAAAGAUACCAUCUCAUAACAAAGCCAUCCACCACUUUCAGGCCUCUGGUCUUGAAGUUUCCAGUUGAGAUGUUUUGUUUCUUUCAUCCACGCUCAUUUGGAGACAUUGACUCGGUCUUCAUCCUUGUUUACUGUGGUCCCUGGAUCAUGGGGGCUGAGUUUGACGUCUUCAUCCUUGAGCUGAGCCGAACCUGCUGGCAAAGCUGAGUCAGGUCCUGUUGAGCAUUAUUGGUUUCCUUGGGUCCUCAGGAGGACCACCUUUUGGUAGCAUUUACAUUUUUAUACACCACUUUCCCUGGAUAGGAAGUAAAGGAGGAUUUAGCUGCGUUAGAGAGGGAUGUCAAUGCUGAUUUCUUUAUAGGAGAGGAAAGAGGGCUGAGCUCCUCACCUCAGUUGGAGGGGCCCAGGAAGAUUAGGGAAGGUGAAAACAUCCUCACAUGGAAUAUUUUGAGUAAUAAACUUUUGAGGAGCCUAAACAGAAUUUUACUUUUACAACCUUUGUGGUCCUAGAUUGAGAAGAACUUAAGUUUUUUGACUGUAAUGAAUCUGUCAUUGUUUGCCUAUGAGUCCCUUGGCCAUCUCUGGCCCCUUCCUCCAUCAGCCUGGAUAGAUGGUCUUUGUGGGCUCUGCUGGGAGGGUCCUGUGGGACUUGACCACUGGUUUGCCCAGUACUCACUGAGCCUUUAUCCUGCCUGCUCUCAGCUCUUGCAGUUCAGUUAUAAACUCCAGUGGGCACAGUAGGUCAGCAUUUUUCUCUAGCUGCCUACUUUUCUUAUCUUUUCCAGCUUAAUAUAGGUUGACCCAUAUGAAAUUUCCAGUAGUUGGAUCAUAUUUUAUGUAUAAUGACAGGAAAUUCAUAUGAGUCAACCUAAUAUGUACAGUUUGUUUCUUCUCCUUGAUAUAGUAUGGAUCCCAGCACGCCGUAUGUCAUUUCUCCAAACAAGUGCUAAUGAACAUGAAGUGUGUGCCGUGGGCUCUUGGCUCUUUUUGUGAACCUGCUGCCUCGCUGUAGUGACCCUUGCCACACUCGGUGAAUGGGCCAUCUUCUGGGGCUUGGAAGUACUCUUUGCAGAGACUUAGCACCCCGUUGAUUCUCAUAGGCAGGGUUGGCCAUCAGGCACAUCAUUAUGGGGUUUUCAGCUCCCAUCCUUUCUUGAUGUACCAUCUGUGUUAGCUGACUUCAGCCCAGUGGUAAUGAAACAUGAUGUGUGCACCUGAAGGUGUCCUUGGUCAGAAAGCAGAAUGUGCUUUUUAAUUUCUCUCCUCCGCUGCCAGUGGUAUGUUUGAUGGUGAAAGUGGGUAUGGUUACUGAUUUUCUUUUUGGGGAGAUAUGUCAGUCACUUGAGGUGGAUGAGGGGGAGAAGGUACAAGGGCAUUCUAAGAUGUAUGCCAGGGAGCUUAGACUCCUUCAUUCCUCCUCUGUGUUGGGAAUAAUUGUUGGGGGUCCUAGAGUAAGAAAUUUCCAGAAGCACCAAGUAAUUACUAUUGGGCUCUUAAGGUGGCCCUUUUUGGGACUUCAGCUUUUUCAUGUUUUACCAAAGAUUCUUCUGCUGCUGUGUUUUAUUUUCUUGGCUGUGGAUUUUAUCAGACACUCGUCACGCUCUUGUUUAGUGAUUUCUUCGUGAGCUAAGGAACAACUAAUCCAGCAGGGCUUCCACAUGGAGACAUUGAGGUUUUCCAUGGACACCACACAGAUGUUCCAGUGGCUUCCAGCUUUACGGGUGAAGAACUAGUUGGCCCUAUAGAGUGGCUCUCUAGAAUGUUAAACUUUGUUUGACACUUGCCUUGGACUCUUGAGCAAGAGAGCAGAAUGCCUCUUGUCUUUGCCUCAACUUCUAAGAUAUUUUGGGGGAAAAGACUUUAUUAAUACAUCUGUUGAAAUUAACAGCAACGUGCCUGGGAGAAAUGUGAGGGUGUAUCCAAUCAAAUUCUGCCAACCCAAAUGUGUUGCCCCGAAAGUCAGUUAUUCAUGGGGUCCUGUGAAACUCAACAGCCAGCUCGGCUAAUACUCACCCUUUCUCCUGUCUGCUCUCAGGUUUUACAUUCGGGUUGUAAACCCAGGUAGGUGCGCAUGUUUAUCGAGCUGACAACCUUAUCUUCUGCAGCUUAAUAUAGCUGCAUCUGCUUUCACAAGGUCAAACUAAAAAGUUCUCUGUUAAAUGUCCGUGAGCCUGGCGUGGAGUAUCUGGCAUCAGUCGGUUUCAGAGGACGGGGGAAUUUACUGUUGUUCGGUGCAGCAAAGGGAAGGAUGCGCCUCAGUUACUCCUCUUCAGAGCAGUCAGCCCUCCCAUUUUAAAAAUAAGUUCAAGGACGUCUCGUUGUAAGGCGGGAGGGCUAGAGCUGACAUGCAGCCCGAGUAUGACAAGCAUCUGCAUAGAGUCACUCUUCCUUCUGGCCAUCAGGGUCAUUCUUUCCAAAAAGUGCCAGAAGCUUGCCCAGAGAAGAGCUAUAAAUGGGAAGAGGAAGGGUUUUUAGCUCAGCCCUGAAGUUGCUAUCAAAAAGUGUAUUGUUUCACAAUUUUCUGAGCUCUGGCAUGUCUCUCUCACUCCCUAUAUCCCUUUCUGCAAGGCCAGAGGGAUGGAAACGGUGAGGUGGCACCCCUCGGAAAGACUGGGCUGUGAUGUUGGGAUCUGUCUCACCCUUGCUUCUGGUUUUAAACUGUCUUCACUGUCGCAGGAGAGCUUGAUGAGUGUCACGGGUUCUGAUGCAUGCCUCGAUUUGCUGCUCAAGAAUGCCGUCUCCCCUUGCUUGCUGCUGGCCCUUCCUUUCCUUGAAGCCUUAUUAGCAGGGGUUUCUGUGCAUCCAUAUGGCUCCCAGAGUUAGCAAGCACGGCUCCUAGGCAUCUUGAUUCCUCUCUCCUGCGAUCCCAGGGGGGAAUCAGGGCACCGAAGUUGGGAGGAGGUCAGUACCGUGACUGCCAUUUUCCUUGUCUCACUGGGGGGCACGGGCAGGGCUAUUUUCUGAUGUCACCUUCUUCAUUCCAAGAGCACCUCAUUCCUUGAGGGCUGUCCCGACCUUUCCUUGUUUUUCAUUUGCCUUCUGGAUCAGCUCUCAACAGGGCACUUUUUCUUUCCUUUCCCUACUCUCUUAGUGCAACCUCUACAAAAUAGUUAAAUCUAGUCAUAGAGAAUCCUUCUCUUAAACCUCUCCAAAUUAUGUAAUUAGGAAAUCUAAUUUUAACUUUUAAAAGCUUAUAUAGUUUCAAGGAAUAAGAUCUGGCAAACGGAAAUAACCAGCAUGGAAAGAGCUCCGAAGCUGUUGGCAACCAGGAAGCUGCCCUUACGUACUCUUUUUUGUCCCCCUGGAGAUGGACAUUAUCAUUCAGUACUAGAAGAGAUGAAAGAACAGAUGGAUUCGAUUUUUCAGUCCUGUUUAAAAGGGUGAUUGCAACCAUUCUUGGUAUUUAUUUCAAGGUGAACUUACAUAGAUUCACAGUGGCUGCGUUUGGCAUAGUGAAGUGUGUAGUCAAAUCGAUUUGUUCUAGCUUCUUCCUGCUGAACCAUGUUCCCUUCCUCACAGCCUCUACACAGACUGAUCCAUCCAGUGAAACAGGUCAAGCUCUGGGGCUCUCCAGGAACAUUUACGAGUUGUGAUCAGGUCUCAGUUAUCUAGGAAGGAGCAGGAUAAGCUGUCCAUCCAACCUGUGACUUCUACUCUUUCUUCCCAGCCUCCUCCUUCAGGGAAACACAGAAAGCUGAAAAGAUUGGAUCGGAGUCUUUUUGUGCCUUGGGGUGGAACCAUUUUGCUAAAGUCUCAGGAAUCUUGCUCUGAGUUUUGCUAGGGCAGCUCUCAGAGCAGGGGGUGCCUGGCAUUCUCAGCAUUUCUCAGGGGCCUCCCACCUCCUUCACCUGCAGUGUCAGCUAAUAAAUACCUUCAGCAGAGAGCGGAAAGCUGUAAUUCAGAGCCAUUUCUUUUUCAGCUUGAACUCUGUAAAAUGUUACUGCAGUUCCCUUUGACUGAACUUUCUUGCCACUGUUUGGAAUCUUAAAAAUCUAUUCACCGUAUCCUUUUAGAAGUAAGCUUGCUCUUCAUCAGAGAUGAUUUCCUGUGUAUGUCCUUUGUUCCUUCAGUAGUCAAACUAACCUGCUUAAGGAUACUUACAUGGCAAGACAAAAAGGUUUACAUAUGCAGAUGACUAUUAAACGUAUAACCUUAUGUAAUUUGUGUUACAUCAAGUAACCGGCCAAUCUAGUUGGUUUCACUGGACUGUUGUUGUGGUAUCAUUGAAAACAAUUGACAUUGAAUAGGUUUCAUUUUGAAACGAUGUAUAGACAAGUCCCCAACUUAGAAACCAGUUUGUUCUUAAGGUUCUUGGGUCAGCCCCCCGAAGCCUUCUGAUCUCCAACACUGCAGAAAUGUAGGGCUGUGUCAGCCAGAGCUGGUUGACUGUUGUGGGCUGACCUGGAAAUCGAGCCACCUAUGAAGUUGUUGCUGUGAGAAAUGCAUUCCAGGUUGGGCCUUGGGAUCCUGAAAACACAUUCUUCUCCCCGUGGUGGCCGGCCUCUUGCUACCUUGCAGGAUGGAAGUCCAGUCUCUUGACAACAAACUACAUUUAUAAGGGGAGAGAGGGAGUGGGAAGCGUAUAGGACAUUCCCUAAUUUGGGGAGUGAUUUAUCUAAAUAUUCAUGUCCACUUUACCUUGGUAUGAACUCCCUCUCGAUUUGAUGAUAUUGAAAGCCUUAAAUAAAACUAUGCAUGCUCUUCUAUGUGCUUUUUUAUAUCAGUAAAUAAGCUUAUGCUUGCCAGUUUCAUACACAAUUAUGAGGUGUAUAAAACUGACUUUUGACAGUAUUUUUUGCACUGUUUCCUAUCUGUUUUUAUAAAGUCUUAUUUAGAUAUUGGUCGUAGUUACAUAUUAUGUUCUCACUCCCCUUGUCAUUGCUGUAAAAUGUUUCAUAUGUGCCUUUACAAAUGUGAGAUCUUUAUUCUAACCUUUUUUGUAAAAGAUAUCUAUUGAUUUCCAUAUGCAAUAAACUUUUUUUUUCAGAGAGAAUA